UUUUUUUCUAAAAUGCAUAUUUUCGGCGGUAUUUAACUGUAACACUUUAAUUUGAACACCCGGUAUAGUAAAUUAAAUAGUAAGAAGUUGUGGUUAUUGUCGGUUAAUAGUGACAGUAGUAUUGAAAAAUGCAGUGUGGUUCAAGUUCAAAGUUUACACCUGUGAAACGUAUAAAAAAGUGUGCGUUGUCAGUUAAAGAGAAAAUAUUUGUAAGCAAUGUUUAUAAUUUCCUAAGAAAGGAAAAUCCUUCGUUUUCUGUUGACGAUACUGUAGAAAAAACAAGUAAUAUGAUGGGUGUAAGCAAAUCAACGACAUUUAAAGUUAUAAGUGAAUUAAAAAAGAGUAAAAAAUACGUAGAAAGUGGGUCAAUUUUACCUCAUUUGACGGUACUUGAAGUAUUUGCUACUAAGACAUUUCCUAAAAGGCAUGAUACAGACGAGAUCACCAAAGAAAAAGGACAUGAAGUUUUAAGGCUACCUCCAUAUUUUUACGUUUUUAAUCCUAUUGAACUGAUUCGGGUCCUAAAAAAGAGAAUAAAUAUGCUGAACAAACGUAAAUUCCAAAUUCGAUUUUAA